AUGUUUGGUUUACGCAGAUCCGCGGCGACCUUAUUCGACCAUAGCCAAUCUCUGCUUCGUAAUCUAUCGUUUCAUGGACUGCGUGUCCAAGGGAUCCGUGUCGGAAACGCAGAGGUUCCAAACCAGAAGCCCCUCAAGACCGGUCUUCAAGAAGUGUACGGAAUCGGACGACGUAAGUCUCACCAGGUUCUCUGUGGGUUAGGCAUCACUAACAAACUCGCCAGAGACUUAACUGGUAAAGAACUCAUUGACCUCCGUGAAGAAGUUGGCAUGCACCAACAUGGUGAUGAGUUGAGGAGGCGCGUUGGAUCGGAGAUACAGAGACUGGUGGAAGUGGACUGUUACAGAGGAAGUAGACAUAGACAUGGGAUGCCUUGUAGAGGACAAAGGACUAAGACUAAUGCUCGUACUAAAAAGGGAAAGAGAGUUGCCAUUGCUGGAAAGAAGAAAGCUCCUCGCAAGUAGAAGAACCCUUUGAAACCUCUCUCUGUGGGAUCAGUUUACAACUCUGUUGUGGGAUGAAAAUGAUCAAAUAAGAAGACAUGAUUUGUCUGAGGUUUAUGAUUUUAUUUUUUUGUAAUUGCUAGUGCAGAUGAAGGAGAGAACUUCCUAGUAAACAUGAUCUUGUUUCUUGAACUUUGUUCUGUUGUAAUACUCUCUCUAGCUUCUCUUCUAGUCUCUUGUUUUCAUUUGUUAUCCUCGGAACAUAGAAUCAAAAAUUA